AUGGUGGUUAUUGGCAUUUGUAUUCUCACAAAUUCAAAUGAAGCCUGGAAAUCACGAAACAUGGCAUGGUGUCAUGAUACCGCCCCAAGAAGUUGCACUAAAAGAAUUGAGAAUGUUCCAUGGCUUCGAGAGGGCGCCAGGAAUGAAGAGAAAGAGAGAGACCUUGCUAGAGGGAAGGACAACAACGUCGAAUGGCCCGAGAGAGGAGAAGGAAUGACCAAAUCUAUGGCGGUCCAUGUCAAAAGUUCCCUGGCAUCAGGGGAAGUUUUGUUUGAUAGGAAUAUGUCAUCAACGAGUAGAAGCGCAACAUGUGGGGAGAAUGAUACCAGGGGUCACUCCAUUAUUGAGUGCACCAUGGCGAGGAACGAUUGGGCGCUUGCUGGAGAGGAUACUACAGAGGUUAUGUCACAUGGUGAAAAUAUGCCCUAG